CGCGACGCGCCGCGCGGUGCACGCCGGCCGCGCCUUCCCGCCGUGACGCUGCAGAUAGAGGCCGGCGCCGCCGCUGUGGCACCUUCUGCCUCCCCCCGUCCGGCGAGGAUGGUGGGCGUGAAGCUGAUCGCUAACGACACUGAGUUCCAGCCUGAGCUGAGCGCGGCCGGCUCUCGCCUAGCCGUGGUGAAGUUCACCAUGCGGGGAUGUGGUCCUUGUUUAAGGAUAGCUCCAGCUUUCAAUGCUCUGAGUAACAAGUACCCUCAGGCAACAUUUUUGGAAGUGGAUGUGCAUCAGUGCCAGGGAACAGCUGCUACCAACAAUAUCUCAGCAACACCGACGUUUCUGUUCUUUCGGAACAAAGUGCGGAUUGACCAGUAUCAAGGAGCAGAUGCUGUAGGGUUAGAAGAAAAAAUCAAGCAGCACCUGGAGAAUGAUCCUGGAAAUAAUGAAGAUACAGAUAUUCCCAAAGGAUAUAUGGACUUAAUGCCGUUUAUCAACAAAGCUGGCUGUGAAUGUCUUAAUGAAAGUGAUGAGCAUGGAUUUGAUAAUUGUUUACGUAAAGAUUCUACGUACUUGGAAUCGGAUUGUGAUGAGCAGCUGCUUAUUACUGUUGCUUUUAGUCAGCCAGUCAAGCUUUAUUCUAUGAAACUUCAGGGUCCAGAUAAUGGACAAGGUCCAAAGUACAUAAAAAUCUUUAUCAAUCUUCCUCGAUCUAUGGAUUUUGAAGAAGCAGAAAGAAGUGAACCAACUCAAGCCCUGGAGCUAACACCAGAUGAUAUUAAAGAAGAUGGCAUUAUCCAACUUCGCUAUGUUAAAUUUCAGAAUGUUAACAGUGUAACUUUGUUUGUCCAGUCUAAUCACGGGGAUGAAGAGACAACAAGAAUUAUGUACUUUACGUUUAUUGGAACUCCAGUCCAAGCAACAAAUAUGAAUGACUUCAAGCGACGUAACUUCCCAUUUCUAAAGAACUAAAAAUGCAGAAGACAUUAAAAAGUAGUUGGCAAAAAAGGAGAGAGCCACUAAGGAUGUGCAAGACACUGGAAGGCCUUACUGCAGCCAGCUGAGAUCUUCACUUCUCUCUACAGCUCCUGGAUAAUUGCUUGACCAUAGCCUGAGACUCCAUUUAAUGCCGUUACCAAUAAAUCAUUGUUUUUGAGAUGGAGUUUCGGUAGUGUUUCAGUUGUAAUCCUCAUUACCUGUAUUUGUAAAUAAAAUUCAUUACUUUUGCCAAGUUUAAA